GUUGUCUUAGUGAUACGCAACGUUUGUGCUCCGAGGGGUCCCGAGAGCGGUCAUGGCGAGACCGCAGCCUUGCGGGCCGAGGUCGGUCCCGUUCUGCUCGCAGUCGCCGCCGGAGCAGCUGCUACAAGUGAAGGUGGUGGGGCUCUUCAAAACCUCUAGCUUUCAGAUUGCGAAGAGCACAGCUGAGAGCCUGAAGAGUAAUUUUCCAUCCAAAUUUGAAGAUCCUGUAAUAGUUCCUCUUCAAGAAUUUGCAUGGGAUCAAUAUCUACAGGAGAAAAAAAGGGAACUUAAGAAUGAAGUCUGGGAAUAUUCUGCCUAUGUCAUGUGUUUUAUUAAUGAUCAGCUCCUGGGUGAUGCACUUGAUCUUCAGAAAUGGGCCCACAAGGUGUGGGAUAUAGUUGAUUUUAAGCCCCUUGCACUUUAUGAGGCACUUACUGUGGAUUAUUCUGCUAAAUUAUCAAGAGACACCAAGCAUGAUUUUGUGUUCUUGGAUGUUUCUAUUGAUUUUUAUCCAAUUGGAAGAUUGGUUUUUGAGCUGUACAGUGAUGCAUGUCCCAAAACAUGUAAAAAUUUUCAGGUCUUAUGCACAGGAAAAGCAGGGUUUUCUCAAAGUGGCAUCAAGCUACAUUAUGCAGGUUCAAUUUUUCAUCGAAUAGUACAGAAUGGUUGGAUACAAGGAGGAGAUAUAGUGGCAGGAAAAGGAGAUGGUGGAGAGUCGAUUUAUGGACCAACUUUUGAAGAUGAAAACUUUUCAAUUCCUCAUAAUAAAAGGGGAGUUCUUGGAAUGGUCAACAAAGGCCGUCACAGCAAUGGUUCACAGUUCUACAUCACACUACAAGCAACUCCCUACCUAGAUAAAAAAUACGUGGCUUUUGGGCAACUGAUUGAAGGAACAGAAGUUCUCCAACAACUAGAACUGGUUCCAACAGAGAAUGAAAGACCAAUACAACAAUGUACAAUUACUGACAGUGGAAAUUUUUAUGCUUGAUUUUCAUAUCGGUAUUUUCUGACAAUUAUUAUGUAUCUCAUCAGCUGUUUCUAGAUUGAAUUAAAUCAUGCUUUAAAAAAAUUUGAAAGCUGUGGCAAAUGCUGUAGGUUGGCUCACCCAGCACCCAGUAUCUCCCCAUUUUCCUUUGCCUCUGCCAGACUAUAAAAGCACAAAACUCAAUUUCCUAGCCUCUUACUGCCAGGAGUGGCCAUGGGAUACCAUUCUAGCAAGUAAGACAGGAGUUAAAUGCCAGUGGUCCUGCCCCUUCCCCUUCAUCCAGUCUUAAAUGCAGAGGCUGGAGCCAUGAAAGAAGGGCCAAGGGAACUGCAGAAAUGUCAGCCUCAGCUCUUAACUGUGGAGCCAAAACCAGCGAACUACCUAUCUCUGGACUUCUUACUACAUGAGACAA